AUGCUGGAUCUUCCUGCAAUCGUCUUCGACGGAAGUAGCACUUCUCUGUACGCUCUUGAGUUAGUUUUGCCUUCGGCUGUGUUCCAGGAGGACUUCAUGAAGAUGCCACAAAAACAUUUGAGAUGCGAAGAUUUCGUCAUGGUGGCAUCCGGACGCUUAUACGAAGUCGGCGACAGAAUUUAUGAUUCUGCUGGAGACGCCUACAUUACGAAAUUCGACUUGUUGCGGGUGAAUCCUGGAAAAAAUCAUAUGAUAUUUUCUGCUGACCAGCAAAGAAUAGAAAUGGCAUUUCUCGUGGUUUUAUUCGUGGCUCUGGCAUUGCAGCAGCAAAUGUCAAAUGCGAAUUUCACUGAAGUAAAAACCAAUUUUUCGCUUCUGAACGACGCAGCUAAAAAAAUCAAGCCUCGGCUUGUCACUGCUCACAAGUUUUACUUGGAUGUGCGCAUGAAUCAUUCGCCGAAAAGGCCGGAUGCCUAUGAAGUCGUCAACAGGAUUUACGAUUACGAUGACGCAUUUGUCACGGGCUUUCAGCUGCUCAAAGUAAAUUUGGACACAAACCAUCACAUGAUCCUCUCUUCAAACCAUGGGACAUACUUUGUAUGGGCAAACAGAGCCACGGGGUUUACAUUUCCGCCGGAUUCGGGAAUGCUUUUGCGCAAAGGAACCAAAUUAACCCUGACAACGCAUUAUCUCGUGCCAUUGAACAAUGAUCAGAGUGGAUUCAGGCUUCAUUUGACCCGACAAAACAGUUUGGUUUCGCAAAAAUUUUCCGAUUAUAAAGACGCCAAGGUGGAUCAUUCCUGUUCAGUCCGAGGCGGUCCUGCAGCACUCUAUGCAGUGAUGGUCCAUACCCAUAAACACGGAACCAAAGUUGAGUUCAACAAACGCACAAUUAAGACGGAGUCGGACGAAAUGAGAUGUGCGGGGUUUAUUAUUAUUAUAUUGGUCGUUCAUUCAGUUGCGUAUGAAUAAAGAAGUCAAGGAAUGUAACUCAUCAUAUUAUUUGAUUUGCGCGAUAUAUGUGGCGACGACAAGGUGAAAUCAGAAAUAAAAGGUCAUCAAUCGUGGAGAA